AUGGCUUGCAAACUUCAUAAGUCUUUGUAUGGACUUAAACAUGCCCCUAGACAGUGGAACAAGAAGCUCACAGAUGCAUUAGUUCAUCUUGGAUUCACUCAAAUUCAUUUUGACUAUUCAUUAUUUACAAAAAGGGUGCAGACAGAACUGGUACUAGUACUAGUCUAUGUUGAUGAUCUACUGGUAAUAGGAAGCAGUCCAAGUCUGAUUUUAAAAACUAGAAAUGAUUUAAAGCUCAAGUUUAAGAUGAAGGAUCUGGGUGAACUUAAGUUCUUUCUAGGGAUAAAGUUUGCCAGGUCAAAGCAAGGGGUUGUAAUGAGCCAAAGGAAGUAUGCAUUGGAGUUAAUUGUUGAGCUGGGACUUGGUGGUGCCAAACCUGCUGGUACACCCCUGGAGACCAGCUUUAAACUCACCUCUGUUGAGUUUGAUAUUUUCAUGAGCAAAAGCCCCUCUAAUGAAGCUGAUACAGAAGACAAAGAACUUAAAAAUGCUUGUCCUUAUCAGAGGUUGAUAGGCAGACUUAUGUAUCUUACCAUGACUAGAAUUGAUAUCUCAUAUGUAGUUCAGGUACUUAGUCAGUUUAUGCACAGACCUAAGCAGUCUCAUAUAGAUGCUCUAGGAGUUGUCAGGUACAUCAAGAUAGCUCCAGGACUUGGUCUGCUGAUGCCCUCAGAAGGAUCUGGGAAACUUGAAGCUUAUUGUGACUCAGAUUGGGGUGGUUACUUACAAACAAGAAGAUCAGUAACAGGAUAUGUGGUCAAGUUUGGUGAUGCAUUGAUAUCUCAGAAGUCCAAGAAGUAG